UGCUAAUAUCAUAAGAAAAUCGCUUGUUAAACAAAAAUUUGCGAAACUAUAUGUAGCGAAAUGUUACGUUCGCGAUCUCAGAGCAGUGUUUGGGAGCACGAAGCGAAAUUUGUACAGGAUCGAAUAUCUAACGUGGAGAAACAUUUUGCAGAAUUGUGCACGACGUUUGCAGCGUAUACAAGAAAAGCGGCAAGAUUACGCGACAAAGGAGAUGAAAUCGCAAAAGCAAUACAAAAUUACGCUCAAUCGGAGACCGUAAAUAGAUCGCUCACUACCGGUUUGACGAAUUUCUCCGCGACCUUAUCGGUAAUAGGCGAUUACAGAGAUGCCGAAGUGCAGAGAUUCGAUGCGAAAAUAAUCGCUCCUCUGUCCCAGUACUCGGCGCUUUGCAAACAUGCCAAAGACGAUGUUAAAAACACGUUUACAGCUCGCGACAAAGAGUUGACGAGGAAGAGGCAGCUGGACAGGCUUAGGGAACGAAAUCCUAGAAAUAAACAGAUGAUCUCGCAAGCUGAAUCCGAGCUAAUGAAAGCUUCUGUUGAAGUUUCAAGAGUCGUAAAAGGCUUAGAGGAACAAAUCGACUCGUUCGAGAAGCGGAAAUUGCACGAUCUGAAGACUGUACUUUUAGAUUUUGUUGUUAUCCAAUUAAGUUUUCACUCAAAGACUCUCGAAUUGCUAACGAAAGCUUACCAAGAUAUCGCUGAAGUCGACGAAGCUAAAGAUCUCGAGGACUUUCAAGUGACGAGAGGAAACAUGAACGGGGAAUUUCGCGAAAUGAUGCGAGUACCAGAUUCCGUUGCUAGAUUGCCCACCGUUGGACGAACUUCGUUCAGACAGGCUUAUUCUCUCACGAAUUUAGCCAGUCGUUUUACAUCUUCUCCUAUGACUCCACAAAAAUUAGGCAAUCAUACUGCUGAUUCCAUAGAUUCUACAAAGUCCAGCUUAAAAACAAACUCUUCUGAGUCUGUACAAAUUGAAGAAUAUGGAGACAGCUCUGAAGAAACAGAAUCUGAAUCUAUAAAAGAAAAACCUAUUAAAGGAAAAACCAACUUUGGACGGAAAGCUUCAACCCGAUUUGUAUUUAAAGCAGUGCCACCGAUUCCCGCAUAUCAAAAGUCUCUAACGAUGCCUAUGACUAUUAAUUAUAUUUAAUUUAAUAUUCGAUAUUUGGCAG